GRAGAUUCCUGUGUUAUGUUUGAAGUUCUUGGAAAAAUUGUAGUUUUUUAAUCUUUGUCUUUGUUUCUUUUUCAAAAUGGGCUCUCAUGAAGAUAGAGCUGCAAUACGGAAUGCACUAAGACCAAUAUUUCCGCAACUUAACGACAGAAUUAUUGAAGAAAGCAUAGACAUUGUGCGACAAACUGUCGGUGAAGUGCGUGAACUUAUCAUUCCUGGUUGUAUCGAUUAUCUUUUAGAGAGAAGCACUGCCAACAACCAUCAAAGAAAUGGACAAAAUCACCAUGUACCUAUUGUUAUUGUUGACGAAGCAAGACCAGCUGGCUAUUUGAAAAGAAAGCGGAUUAGCGAUUUAGAAGUUAGUUUUGUUGAAGACAUCGAUGAUAACGAAUUGCUGUAUGUGGCCACUUCUAUCCAAGAUAAAGAUAAGAGAGUUUAUAUGAUUGACGAUUCUCCUCCUCCUGCCUCAACUGAAGAAUGUGCCAUUAUUCCUAAUUCCGGUUUUGCAGCUACACCAAAAAAAGAUGUGUCAAGGAAGUUACAGGACUACAAUCCAAAUAAUACUAGUACAAGCACCAUCCCAUUGGCUAGUAAUGCGGUGAUUCUCGACCCUUUGACUUACUCAGCAGAUAACAUAAGGUUACUUUUUCCUGAUGUACAAGAUAAAUUUCUUAAAGAUCUCGUAGAGAAGUGGAAAACUUUUCCAGCUGAUGUCAUAGUUAGUAAUGUGUGCAAUGAAUUGUUAGAAAAAAGCUAUCCCAAGGAAGAAAAGAAAUCACAAACUUUAGCAACAGAACAAACAUCAACCUCUAAAGUUGAUUACCUAAAGAACUAUAAUUCUUUUCCUUCACACAGAUAUAUUGACCAAUGUCUUGCAUUACUUGAAAAUGAGUUUCCCAAAGUUUCUGUAGGUGACAUUAGAAGAAUUGCUCGUAAAUAUUCCUACCAUUAUGCACCAACAAGGAAGUACCUGGAAGAUAAGGUUAUUGAGGCUUACAAACUUUUAUCGCCUAACAGUUCAUCAACACAGACAUCUGCUUCUACCACUUCUGGACCAACAUCACCAUUACGGUUAUUGAAAGGAAAAAGACACCCAAAGAAACUGGGAUGCUUGAAGUCACUUGAUCAAGAGCUGCAAAAAGAGAUUGAUUUUAUCAAGAAUUACAAGGUAAGCCAAGCAGAAGAGAAAGAUAGACAACUUGCGUUUAUACUUAAUGAAGAACAGUAUGAAGCAGAAGGACAGAUGAUUGAAUGUGGCUGCUGUUAUGUUGAGGCAACAUUUGAAGACAUGGUCCAGUGUCUAGAUGGGCAUUUGUUCUGUGUAAAUUGCUUGAAAAGUUAUGCAAAGGAAGCAGUGUUUGGUCAGGGAAAAGCAAUAUUGUCAUGUAUGACAAGUGACUGUGAUAGCACCUUCCCAAUGACACAAUUAAGACGUUCAUUGGAUUCAAACAUUCUUGCUAAGUAUGAAGAUAGAUUGGCAGAAGAGUCCCUUUGUCUUGCUGAAAUGGAUGACCUUGUGCGCUGUCCACAUUGUGAUUUUGCAGCAAUAAUGGAACCUGAAGACAAGGUGUUUAAAUGCCAGAAUUCUUCUUGUGCCAAGGAGACUUGCCGCUACUGUAAAGAAGAAUGGAAAGAUCACUUUGGCUUGAAAUGUUCUGAGGUUGAAAAGAAUGAUGAAAAAAAUGUUAGAUUGUCGUAUGAAGAAAAGAUGACCAUGGCAAAAAUCCGCAAGUGCCACAAGUGUGGUUGCGAAUUCACCAAAUCAGAUGGGUGCAACAAAAUGACAUGCCGCUGUGGAACAACAAUGUGUUAUAUUUGCCGAAAGCCAUCAAUCAGUUACAAUCAUUUCUGCCAACAUCCUAGAGACCCUGGUAGAAAGUGUAAAGUUUGCAGUAGCUGUUCAUUGUGGAGCGAUCCAUCAGAGGAUGAUGACAUGGCAGUCAAACAAAUUGAACAAGAAGCAAAGGAAGCUAAACGACAAGUUACUUCAUCAAACAUUGAGAAUACACCAUCUAAGAAACGCAAAACAUCUCAUCAAGAUAUUAAUAUUCAAGGAAAUAAUCUGGUAUAUCCUGUGUUGUGAUUAAGUUAGUCUUUGUUAGUCACACUUUUAUGAAGGCAGUAGUAACAACUGUGCUCAAAUUAUGGCUCAGUUCAUCCACACAGUUGUUUUUUUUGUUGUAAUAGUCCAUUGCAUAACACUGUCUAACCACAUGGUUAUAAUGUCAAGACAACCUCUGGCCUCAUUGACUCACACAGGUAUCUCAGUGGAUUGUAAUUGAGCUUUAAGAACGGUUUUUGCUUUUUCGGCAUUACAGAAACAGCAGCAUUACAGAAACGCUUUAGUCCAGAACUGGACCCUCUUUUAUCCUUGCGCACGCAAAGUUGAAACUAUUAUUUGAAUCAACAUUCUCAACAGUCACGAUAGCACGCUUUUGAUUUUUAAAUUUUACAUAUAAUAUUAUAGUAAUUGAGAAAAGAGGGUCCAGUUCUGGACUCUUAUCCAAAGAGUUUCAGCUAUUUUUCAAGAAUCAUCAGUGCAGUUGAAACUGGACAGUACACAAAAUCCUAUCUAAUCGUAUUUUUUCUUCAACACCAUUUGAAAGUAAGAACAUUUUGAUAGAAUAACAUAAGUUCAGUUAAUGCAAGCUGAAUUUUUAUUGGUUUGUGCACUUGUCUUUCGAAAGUCUUAACACAGGGAACCCGGUAAAGUUAAGUGAUUACAUAAAUACAUGUAAUUACAUAAAAUCCUUCAUUUAAAGAGAUCUAAUAUGUAAUUCAAGUAAUACUGAUUAUUGACAUACUCUUUUAGUAUUAAUUGCCAUGACUGCAUUCAUUAUAUUAUUUUACAUAAGAAGACGGCUGCUUUUGAGAAGUAGAUCACCAUAUAUGUUACAAAGAUGAUUAAAAUUAUAUAUUAAUAUUAUUACAUAAAAAUGUGGAAAUGUGUAUCAAUUUCAACUUGCAAUUGUUACAAACUUGUUGCUGUUAUGAAAAUCAUAAUAAAAUGUUGAUUUGAAUGUCA